AUGCAUUACAUUCGACUGCUAAAGCCCCCUCGGUAUUCUGCUAGGCCUAGAAACCGCAACGGGUCGGUCUCAGCUUUGAUUACGAUCACAUCAGAUCUCGGCGAUGAUUUUUACUUUCGAGAUACAGUCCUAACCGCCGAAGUACUUCAGGAGAGUGGAGACCCAAGGCUUGUAUUGGCCUCUAAGGAAUUCCACUGGAAAAUGGGAAUGAGAGUUCUGAAAAUCGAAUUGAACGUCGCUCCAUCGAAACAUAACUUUUAUGACUCUGUAAUACUGGCCAUUUCCAGUGCUGCAGGUGGAACACCUGUGGCCGAUGACAUAUCCCAUCCGCGAGACGGUGGUCUUGAGAUUAUCACUGCCUAUAGUCCCCCUUUCCGCCCGAUAGACGGAGAGGAAGCAGAGAAGUUUGUGCAGAGAAGGAUUAUGAUUGACCCUUCCAAAACGUUAAGGAUCUGGGAGGAAACCGGAGAGAGCAUUGCUCGACAUAUAUGGGAUGGGGGUUUAGCUUUAACGGCCUACCUUGCUCAGAAUGCCAGCAGUGAAGCUUUUAGCACAGACAAACUGAACGCCUUGCACAAGCAGCUGAACCCGAGAAAAACGCUGAGGGCUCUAGAACUCGGGAGUGGGUGUGGCGUUGUAGGACUCAGCCUGGCAGCUUUGUACGAAAAGUGUCACGUGACUAUGACUGAUCUAUCUUCCGCCGAGGAAAUUCUGAUGAAAAAUAUAGAGGAUUACAAUUCUAAUUUCCAGGGAGAGGUGGAAUUCAGGGUUCUUGACUGGGACCAGGCUAUUCCGGAAAGCCUUGCCUCUCGGAGCUGGGACAUCAUCGUCAUAGCUGAUUGCACAUACAACACAGCAAGUGCGCAUUCUUUGGUGAAUGUUCUUAAAAGUUUGGUUGGUAAAUCACCAGACACGGUGGUUGUGCUCGCGCAUAAGAGGAGGCACGACAGUGAAGUCCUUUUCUUCGAGCUUAUGAACGCUGUAUUUGGGAUGGUGGAUCGAGUUUCCUUUCACAAUGGGAAUCUGGAGACUGAAAUCUCGGUGGACAUCUAUACCUUCAAGGUGAUGAUAAAAGGGAGUUGA